AUUUCACAACAUAGAGUAGUAAAACGUAAGUUUUCGUCAGCUGGAGAGUGAGAAAGCACAUAGGUGCAAUGUGCAUUUGAGUGCAGUGGUUCUUACCAUUUUCUAGAAUGGUGAAGCAAAAGCAUCAUACCGCCCGCAAUCAGAGUAUCAAGAACCAUAAGAAUGGUAUCAAGAAGCCUCUGCGUCAGCGUACUCGUUCCAUGAAGGGCGUUGAUCCCAAGUUCCUUCGCAAUCUGCGUUACUCUAAGAAGCACAACAAGAAGGAAUAAACAUCAGCACCUGGCUAUGUUGUGAGUAUCA